CUCACGCAAGUCGGCCCUGGGCACGUCGCCGCCACGCGCGCACUCGCACGCAGGGUGCGUGGUGACGUUACGGCGGCGCGGGCGCCAUCCCGGAAGCGCGAGCAAGGCCGCCAGAUGUGCAGGCAGCGGAGGAGGAGGAAGAGAUGGACCCCCCGGACUCGGCCUCGAGGGUGUUCUGUAGCCGCAUCCUGAGCAUGGUGAAUGCGGACGAUGUCAGCGCCAUCAUCCUGGCCCAGAAGAACAUGCUGGACCGCUUUGAAAAGACCAACGAGAUGCUGCUCAACUUCAACAACCUGUCAAGUGCCCGCCUGCAGCAGAUGAACGAGCGCUUCCUGCACCACACAAGGACCCUGGUGGAGAUGAAGCGGGACUUGGACAGUAUCUUCCGCAGGAUCAGGACACUGAAAGGGAAGCUGGCCAGACAGCACCCAGAGGCCUUCAGCCACAUCCCAGAGGCAUCCCUCCUGGAGGACGAAGAUGAAGACCCCAUCCCGCCUAGCACCACCACCACCAUUGCCACCUCGGAACAGAGCACAGGCUCGUGUGACACCAGCCCCGACACCGUCUCCCCCUCCCUCAGCCCUGGCUUCGAGGACCUGUCCCAUGUCCGGCCUGGUUCCCCCGCCAUCAACGGUCGCAGCCAUACAGAUGACGAGGAGACGCCGGGCGAGUAGCCCUGCUCCCAGGAGCCCCGAGGGGGUCUCAGGGCAGCAGCAGCAUCGCUCCCCAGAUGUCUGAAGUGGCAGCGGAGAACCUGGCCUCGAGACACUCAGCUUUGCCACCCUAGUCUGUCAUUUAGGGCUCGCCAAGGGGACAAGCCUCCCUCCCUAGAAUUCCUGGGGAUCUUUGAUUCUUGCUCCUUCUUCACUGAGAACAUCUCUCUUCUGUGGAUCCCUGUAUCAGACUGGGGAUGACCAGUCCAUCUGGAGUUGGGCUGGGCACAGGGAGCUUUUCCAGAGUCAGGCCUUAGGUCUACUCUGAACAACACUUAAAGCUUCCCAGAGACCAGAGCCAGAUGUCCCCUGCCCCAGCCCCCUGGUCAGAACCCCCUCAAGACAGUCAAGCACUGUCAUGUCCAAGUUCACUGAGCCCAACCCUGCGCCUACUAAUUCUGGUCUUCUUGCCCCUUCCUCCAAUGAAAGUACUGAAUCCUUUCUCCAAUCAUUAUCUCAAGGUUUCUGAAACAGUUGUAGAAGGCUCAAGACAGAGAUUAGCCAUCCACUCAGCCCCAAGCCUGGUUGGGCCCUGUUUCUCUGACCGGAGCUGUAGACCUCUAGGGCCUAACAAGCCUCUCCUUGGGCCUUUGUGGAGCAAGCCGAGUAACCGUGGAGAACAGAGUUAAGUGGAAUAUUUUUGUACCCGAUGUUUACAGAUGCUGUUGGGAAGCUAUCAAUAAAGAGACUCUGUUACUAAAAAGGGAA